CGUUGGAGGAAGGCAAAAAUUUACCUUCAACUUUUCUUCCAAUUUGGUACAAAGUUUCCGAUUUUAGUGCGAAAAAUUGAAAUGGAGACAGCAAAAUAAACCGUUAAAGAUGUAAAUUGCCGAUUCGAGAGUCAACAAUUUGCUACGAGCCAAUAAUCGAAGCAAAUUUUUUCUUGUCAAUUAAGAGACAGAAAUAGCACAUCAUGGCAAAUCGUGAGCCCUGCAUUAAUUCCAAAGCAGCCGAUGAUCACAGUGUCGAGACGUUGGCAGAAGUGUUCCGAUGUUUUAUUUGCAUGGAAAAACUUCGGGAUGCCCACCUCUGUCCGCAUUGCAGCAAAUUGUGCUGCUACACCUGCAUCAGGCGUUGGCUGACAGAACAGCGCUCUCAAUGUCCACAUUGCAGAGCUUCUCUUCAUCUUCACGAACUUGUCAAUUGUCGCUGGGUAGAGGAAGUUACUCAGCAACUCGACACUCUCCAGGCUGUUGGAAUAUCCAAUUCUCGCCACGAUGACUCAAUCAGGGACCGGUGCACUGCCCAUCGGGAGAAACUCUCCGUGUACUGCUGGACUUGUCGCCGGUGCAUUUGUCACCAGUGUGCGUUGUGGGGCGGCACUCAUUCAGGCCACACGUUCAAACCUCUCGAGGAAGUUUACGAGCAGCAUGUCUCUCAAAUCAAGACGGAAGUCGGACAGCUCAAGCGAAGGCUGAUGGAGCUUAUAAGUCUAGUUCAAGAAGUCGAACGCAACGUGGAAUCCGUGAGGGCGGCGAAAGACGAAAGGGUUCGUGAGAUCAGAAAUGCAGUGGAGCUAAUGAUCGCGAGACUAGAUUCCCAAUUGAAAGCUAAAUUGCUGACGUUGAUGGGUCAGAAGAACUCGCUCACUUUGGAGACUGAACAGCUCGAAGCCUUGUUGCAGGAAGUCGAGCAUCAGCUUCACACCUGCACGCGAUCGGAACUCAUAGUCAAAAGUUCCGAGCUCUCGCGAAUGAUUCACCAGAUUCGGAAGAAGCCUAUGACUAGUUUCGUCACUGCUCCAGUUCCGGCAGAUUUUCACAGCGAAAUUGUUCCAGGAUACGACAGUGCGACUUUUGCGAUGCAAAAUUUCACGCAGCUGCAAUUAAAAGCAGAUCCUGUUUAUUCGGCACCAUUGCAUGUUAAUGGACUUUGCUGGAGAUUGAAAGUUUACCCAGAUGGAAAUGGAGUCGUACGCGGCAAUUAUUUGUCCGUUUUUUUAGAACUGAGCGCUGGAUUACCAGAAACUUCCAAAUAUGAGUACCGAGUCGAAAUGAUCCACCAAGGUUCUCGGGACACGAGUAAAAAUAUUGUCCGAGAAUUUGCCUCGGAUUUUGAAAUUGGAGAAUGCUGGGGCUAUAAUAGAUUUUUCAGAUUGGAUUUGCUGGCGACUGAAGGAUAUUUAAAUACUGAGCUGGACACGCUUAUAUUAAGAUUUCAAGUGCGUCCUCCAACAUUUUAUCAGCGCUGUAGAGAUCAACAGUGGUACAUUAGUCAAUUAGUCACGGUUCAAAAUCAAUACGCUACGCAGAUUAAUGAACUGAAAGAGCGACUAGCAAUAGAAAUUUCACGAAACACGGUCUCAGCGACGAGAGUGCAGAGUGGAUCGGCACUUUGUGGUCCAUCAGGAGGAAAUGUAGGUCCUUUAUCAUUGCAACAGCAGCAUUCUCAAGCUUCCGGCGAGCCGAUCUUCACUUCUAGUCCCACUAAGAAUGUAGACUAUUCAAUCGUCAAUAAUACUCCUUCAAGAUCGGUGCAGAAUAUUCUUUCAGGCGUAAAUCCUUCAGGAACUGGCAAUCUAAACCAAAUGUUGUCUCUCUGCGAACCGGGAAAUCUUCUCAACAUUCGACCAAUCGCUUCCAAUUCAACAUUGUCCUCGAUUUCAUCGAAAAAUAGUGGAAAGCAAAGUGUCAAUUGUUCGGUCGACUCUCCUCUGCCGGCCGGACAAAAUAAUUCCGGAUCUGCUGGAGAUUCUCAAUUGAAUGGAAUCAGGUCUCCGUCACCCUCGCACUCUUCGCCCUCUGUUCACAAUCAGCAGGCUCACAAUAAUUCUUCCAGCAGCAGCAGCAGCGAGAGCGGAGAAUUGAGUGAACACGAUAUUUAUUUGGACGAUUGUGAGAAUAACGAGCCGAAUUUGACUCUUCUGGAUGAUAAUUCCAAUGACGAAAAUGAUGUUGAUGAUGAAACAAUGUCAGGUGAAAACGACGUUGAAGUCGCCGAAUCUCUAAUUCCGUGGAUGCCCAGCAAGAAGGGAAAGUAUCUGGAAAAUCGGGAUAUUGCUGGAGAAAAUUGCAGAUUGCGGGGCAGCGACGGUCUCGAGGACGAAAUAAUGUUGCUGCACUUGUUCGAGAUGCAGGACCGUAAUUCCGCUUGGACUUCUCUCUGCUUCAAACAUCACCUCGAGGACGCGCGCGAUCCUCGAAACUCGAUCCCACCUCUGCAGCACUACAAUCCGCGAAGUUCCCUGCACUGCGGCCCUUCUCUGAAUCCGCACGGAUCGCUCGGAUAUUCGCCGAAGCAUCCCGAGCUCGACUCGUCCCCGGGAAAGCCGAACUUUCCCGAGCGACAAGAGUCGUCCUUUGUCUCGCGGCUCUGCCAAUCACAGCCAAUCUGCAACGCGAUGCGAUCGAGUCGCUUGUCCAACAUUUGCCAACCGGAGAGCACCGGAGUGCUUCUCGCUUGCAGCCAGACGAAAUCGGAACCCGCGACGAGGUCGAACUCGGUCGAUUGCGAGAGGGAUUUUCCAGAUUUACUUCUCAAGAGCGCCGCCAGGACGAGUGAAUUGGACAGUUCUGGACUCUCGGACCUGACCGUUCCAAGUGUAGUUCUCAGUGGAAAGAAAAGUUCGAAACACUCGGCCUCGCGUCGUUUGUCUUCCCCAGCUUCGGCGACAAAUUUGAAUGGAAAUCCUGAAAAUUCGGAAAUUUUCGAGUUUAAACAACUUCUCGACACCAUUCAACUCGCCCCUUCAUCGCAAAAAGAAGCCACUGCGUGUAUCAGUAAGCUCAGAAAAAGCUCCUCGAUCGAGAGCAAGGCUAAUAAUUGUUCACAAAAGUCAGCAAAUUUUUUGCCACGAUAUGAGGGACAAACUUCGUGCAGACCACCACCGCACUCGGACGUUGAGUGUAUUCCCCACUCGAGUAAUUAUAGUUGGGUUCCUCCUUUAUAUCAAUACAAGCACGGUCAGAAAAAGGCGUCAGAGGCUUCUUCCCAAGGAUCCUCCAGUCAAACUUCCAACAAAUCGGUUCCCAAUAAGUCACUGGAGGACAGAAAUUCGCAGUAAUAUCCACUGCUUGGUGCAUUAGUUGAAGCCGAAAAUUUUCUUGCAUUUGUAAAUACUCAAUCGAUCAGAGAUCUCCUAUUUAAAAAUUAGAUGCUAGUAUUUUAACCUUCUCAGGCUCGAUUUUUCGACUAUUUAAUAGUCAAAAUCUACUGCCAGUACUUAAAAAAUUUAAGCUUCAUAUUUCCACAUUAAAAAAAAUUGAUUCUCGAGUCAAGUACUGCCUUUUUUUUGAAUUUUUUUUGAAGUGGCAAAAAUUGUGCAUUUCGUAGAUUUACGUAGCAAAAAUAAUACUCGACGAACUGUACUCGAAAUAAAUAAAUUAUCCAUUAUGUACA